CCCCGCGAGUGAAAACCAGAGCAGCAAGGGCGACCAGCGAUAUGACUUCCUCUCAGCCGUCAAAGAUGCGGAAAAUACUUUGGUUUGUUGUAGCUAUCGCUGUUGCUUCAAAACAAAUGGAAAAGGGUAUUAAGAAAACAGUGCAAGCAGGAGCAACGGUCAGUCUUCCCUGCGAAUUGGAGACACCUGGCGGAACAGUUCAGUGGUUACAAAACGGCCAGCCAGUGGUCCUGGAAGCUAUAACUGCCAAUCGUAGAUUAUGGAACGUAACUCGUAACGGGAUCGCAGCACUUACAAUCCAAGAUGUCGCCACCUCUGAUGAGGGACUGUGGGAGUGUGGCAAAGUUAGAGAUGAUGGUUCAGUUGGGAGUAAAGUUGAAAUACUGGAACUUACUGUGCUGAAUCCACCUGUAGAGCCUUACAUAGAGCUUGAAGACAAAAGACUUCCCCAAGGCGCAAUAAUCACUCUACAAGAGUGGCAGUUGCUGUUUAUCAAAUGCGUGGCUGAAAAUUCAUCUCUUCCUGUUCGACGAAUACAGUGGUUCUUGGAAACGACCAAUGUUUCUUCCAAUGGGGAGCUUUUCACGGAAUAUCUACCAGGAAACGAAACGUAUCGAAGCUGGAGUUUAUUGUCUCUCAACAUUACGAGAGCAUUUAACAAGAAAGAAUUGGUCUCUUUCGUCUUUCACGAAGCAUGGAUACAACCAGUUACAGCCAGUGUCUCAUUGAACGUAUUGUAUGGCCCCACGUUUUCGAUAAGCAGAGAACCAGGCUUUGGGAUUCCUAUCGUAGAAGGUAUGGCUGCAUCUUUAAAGUGUGAUGUCGAAGCCAACCCCCCGAGCGACCCCUUGUGGCAAAAGGAUCAAGGCCCACUUCCUUUCGAUGUUUCCUCUGGAGGAUAUCUUAAUUUUACUUCAAUUUCCAGAAAAGAUGCUGGCUGGUAUAAAUGUACCACAAAACAUCUGUUUGGCUUCUUCACUUCAUUCGGAUAUUUUCUCAACGUUCGAUCUAAGCCUAUUUACAUAUAUUCUGUAAAAAUCGAAGCUACAUCCGCUGGAAACUUUCCGUUUCUUGUUGCUGUUCUCAAAUGCUUCCAGCCAAUUAGUUGA